AUGAGCUUUCGGCAGUACUGUGUCGUGGCCGGACAGGAUGUACAGAAGCUUGGCAUCCAGUUCAGUGGCACUCCUCCCGACAAGGUCUUCGUGAAAGUCGUGACCCAAGGAUCAUUCGGGUGUAUACAGGGAGUGCAGGCCGGGGACGAGCUCUUGCAAGUAGACGGCCUUCUCCUUGACACUCUGGAGGGCCAGUUUAAGGAACGCUUAGCAGGACGCCCGAUUCGCUUGGGGUUCUCAAGCCCUCACGGCUCGUACACUGUCGCCGCAGAUCACGACAACACAAAGCUGGGAGUGUCAUUUCAUGGAAUGCCGCCCGGUUCGGUAGAGGUCAAGGGUGUCACAGAAGGUCUGUUCGGCAGCGACAAAGGCGUACAGGAGGGAGACGUGCUCACCGAUGUGGGUAGAGAUGUCUUGCAAUCACUGGAGGGAAUGAGCGCCGAGACCUUCAAGAGCUUUUUGAAGGAUCGGCCUCUAAUGCUGCGUUUUCAGACCCUGGAGAAAACCCGGCCUGGACCCAAAGAGGAUGUGGAGAAUGCGAUUCCCGGGCAGCACCCUAGAACUGAGUACACAGUGGUGGCAAGUGCUGACACGGGCAAGUUGGGCAUCAGCUUCCACAGCAUGCCUCCUGGCCGGAUCGAAGUCAAGGGUGUCGCUGCAGGCCUGUUCGGCAGCGUCAGCGGGGUGAAGGAGGGAGACGUCCUGAUAGAAGUCGGCAGUGACGACUUGCAACCCCUGGAGAGCAUAAGCGAGGAGAGAUUCAAGGGAUUACUGAAGGACCGGCCGCUGAAGAUGAGGUUCCUUGCGCCUUGUGCAGGUGCAACAGCUGCCCCAGUCGUUGCGGAGAACUCUUCCAGUCAUGUGGAUCACGGCAACGAGCACCGCAUGCAAAGCGAAAUGCCGGCAACAGACGGCCUGCCGACGGAUACGUACACAAUCAUCGCAGGCCUGGAAGUGGGCAAGCUUGGCAUCACGUUCAACGGGAUGCCACCUGGUCGCAUUGACGUGAAGGGCCUUGCGGAGAAUUCUUUUGGCAAUGAUGCCGGCGUGCGUGAAGGAGAUGCCCUCACGGAGGUGGGAAAAGAUGAACUUAUGCCCGUGGAAGGAAUGGACUCUGAGACAUUUAAGCGCCUGCUGAAAGAUCGGCCGCUGAAAAUGAAGUUCCAGGCUAUGGGGCAGGCUGUUGCGGCUGGUGAGUCUGCUUCGCCAAAUGAUGCAGCAGUCGCUGCCCCUACUGUGGCCACGAACACAUCGGUUGCGGAGCAAGAAACCGCGCCACAGGAACCCGGGUACCGUGUAUACACAGUGGUGGCAAGUGCUGACACGGGCAAGUUGGGCAUCAGCUUCCACAGCAUGCCUCCUGGCCGGAUUGAAGUCAAGGGUGUCGCUGCAGGCCUAUUCGGCAGCGCCAGCGGGGUGAAGGAGGGAGACGUCCUGAUAGAAGUCGGCAGUGACGACUUGCAACCCCUGGAGAGCAUAAGCGAGGAGAGAUUCAAGGGAUUACUGAAGGACCGGCCGCUGAAGAUGAGGUUCCUUGCGCCUUGUGCAGGUGCAACAGCUGCCCCAGUCGUUGUGGAGAACUCUUCCAGUCAUGUGGAUCACGGCAACGAGCAGCGCAUGCAGAGCGAAAUGCCGGCAACAGACGGCCUGCUGACGGAUACGUACACAAUCAUUGCAGGCCUGGAAGUUGGCAAGCUUGGCAUCACGUUCAACGGGAUGCCACCUGGUCGCAUUGACGUGAAGGGCCUUGCGGAGAAUUCUUUUGGCAACGAUGCCGGCGUGCGUGAAGGAGAUGCCCUCACGGAGGUGGGAAAAGAUGAACUUAUGCCCCUGGAAGGAAUGGACUCUGAGACAUUUAAGCGCCUGCUGAAAGAUCGGCCGCUGAAAAUGAAGUUCCAGGCUAUGGGGCAGGCUGUUGCGGCUGGUGAGUCUGCUUCGCCAAAUGAUGCAGCAGUCGCUGCCCCUACUGUGGCCACGAACACAUCGGUUGCGGAGCAAGAAACCGCGCCACAGGAACCCGGGUACCGUGUAUACACAGUGGUGGCAAGUGCUGACACGGGCAAGUUGGGCAUCAGCUUCCACAGCAUGCCUCCUGGCCGGAUUGAAGUCAAGGGUGUCGCUGCAGGCCUAUUCGGCAGCGCCAGCGGGGUGAAGGAGGGAGACGUCCUGAUAGAAGUCGGCAGUGACGACUUGCAACCCCUGGAGAGCAUAAGCGAGGAGAGAUUCAAGGGAUUACUGAAGGACCGGCCGCUGAAGAUGAGGUUCCUUGCGCCUUGUGCAGGUGCAACAGCUGCCCCAGUCGUUGCGGAGAACUCUUCCAGUCAUGUGGAUCACGGCAACGAGCAGCGCAUGCAGAGCGAAAUGCCGGCAACAGACGGCCUGCCGACGGAUACGUACACAAUCAUCGCAGGCCUGGAAGUGGGCAAGCUUGGCAUCACGUUCAACGGGAUGCCACCUGGUCGCAUAGACGUGAAGGGCCUUGCGGAGAAUUCUUUUGGCAAUGAUGCCGGCGUGCAUGAAGGAGAUGCCCUCACGGAGGUGGGAAAAGAUGAACUUAUGCCCCUGGAAGGAAUGGACUCUGAGACAUUUAAGCGCCUGCUGAAAGAUCGGCCGCUGAAAAUGAAGUUUCAGGCUAUGGGGCAGGCUGUUGCGGCUGGUGAGUCUGCUUCGCCAAAUGAUGCAGCAGUCGCUGCCCCGAAUGUGGCAGAGCAAGAAACCACACGGCAGAAGAUAGAUCUCCCUGCCGAUGCUUCCGACGAGCGGGAGAUGAUGCCCUCGCAGGUGGACAGCUUAAACCGAGCAGCCAAAGAAAGUCAGGACGAAGGAAAAGCCGGGCGGUUGCGACAGGAAGAGGUUUCCGUCACAAAGGACGGCACAAAAAUCCGGGAUGCGCCGAAUGAAGCCCCGUUGUGCCCGCAGCAGUCCGGACAAGGCGAACAGAGGAACAUGAGUACGAAGGAUCAGCACAGCGAACACCAAGACGGCACGCGUCGCAGACACAGUGCGGCAGAGCAUGGAUCGCACACGACGCAGCCAGAAGCGGAAGAGAUGCACAGUGGAGAGCAGGCUGGGCAGAAUCCGGAACCCCUGGUGGAUGCAACUCCGAUUGUUUCUGAUACUGCCGAAGCACUCGCGGGUGCAGCGGCGGCCGUGCGACACAGCCAUGGUGCACAAGAGCAGCAUCCUUUAUCGCAUCAGCCUCCCAGCAUGGAUGAGCCUGCUCUCAAUACCGAGCCAGCAUCCGCGGCACGAGCAGAGUCGCAAGCAGAGGAAUCAACCACGGCAGCAUCUGCACAGGCUCAGAAGGAAGAAGCACGCUUGAGUACAACAAGCGCGGAGGCCGUAGAAAUCCAGAAUGUCGCUGAGUUCAAGAGACAUUCUGUUGAAGCAGAUGCAGUAGCUCGGGCAGCUGCAGAUGAAGAUGAGGCGGUCAAUUCACGAGCGCAGGAAAGUCAGCAGCAAGACGGCCCGCAUCCCGCGACAGAGCAUGCAUCACUCACGACGCAGCCAGAAGCGGAAGAGAUAGCCAGCGGUGAGCAGGGUGGCAUUGCACCCAGCACAGAUGAGCCUGCUCUCGAUACCGAGCCAGCAUCCGCGGCACGAGCAGAGUCGCAAGCAGAGGAAUCAACCACGGCAGCAUCUGCACAGGCUCCGAAGGAAGAAGCACGCUUGCAUACAGCAAGUGCGGAGGCCGUAGAAAUCCAGAAUGCGGCUGAGUUGAAGAGCCAUUCUGUUGAAGUAGAUGCAGUAGCUCGAGCAGCUGCAGAUGAAGAUGAGGCGGUCAAUUCGCAAGCGCAGGAAAGUCAGCAGCAAGACGGCCCGCAUCCCGCGACAGAGCAUGCAUCACUCACGACGCAGCCAGAAGCGGAAGAGAUAGCCAGCGGUGAGCAGGGUGGCAUUGCACCCAGCACAGAUGAGCCUGCUCUCAAUACCGAGCCAGCAUCCGCGGCACGAGCAGAGUCGCAAGCAGAGGAAUCAACCACGGCAGCAUCUGCACAGGCUCAGAAGGAAGAAGCACGCUUGAAUACAACAAGCGCGGAGGCCGUAGAAAUCCAGAAUGUCGCUGAGUUCAAGAGACAUUCUGUUGAAGCAGAUACAGUAGCUCGGGCAGCUGCAGAUGAAGAUGAGGCGGUCAAUUCACGAGCGCAGGAAAGUCAGCAGCAAGACGGCCCGCGUCCCGCGACAGAGCAUGCAUCACACACGACGCAGCCAGACGCGGAAGAGAUAGCCAGCGGUGAGCAGGGUGGCAUUGCACCGUGUGGGCAGGAUCGCGAGGCCCUGGUGGAUACAAAUCAGAUUGUGUCUGACAAUGCCGAAGCGCUCGCGGGUGCAGCGGCGGCCGCGCGACACAGCCAUGAGCAGCAGCCUUUAUCGCCGGAGCUUACCUGCAUAGAUGAGCCUGCUACCGAUACCGAGCCAACAUCCGUCGCACGAGCAGUGCCGCAAGCAGAGGACUCAACAAAGGCAGCAUCUGCACAGGCUCAGAAGGCAGAAGCACGCUUGAAUACGGAGGCCGUAAAAAUCCAGAAUGUCACUGAGUUCAAGAGGCAUUCUGUUGAAUCAGAUGCAGUAGCUCGCGCAGCUGCAGAUGAAGAUGAGGCGGUCAAUGCACAAGCGCAGGAAAGUCAGCAGCAAGACGGCCCACGUGCCGCGACAGAGCAUGCAUUACACACGACGCUGCCAGAAGCGGAAGAGAUAGCCAGCGGUGAGCAGGGUGGCAUUGCACCGUGUGGGCAGGAUCGAGAGGCCCUGGUGGAUGCAAAUGUGAUUGGUUCUGACAAUGCCGAAGCGCCCGCGCGAGCAGUGGCGGCCGUGCGACACAGCCAUGGUGCACAAGAGCAGCAGCCUUUAUUGCAGGAGCCUCGCAGCACGGAUGAGCCUGCUGUCAAUAUCGAGCCAGCAUCCGCGGCACGAGCAGAGUCGCAAGCAGAGGAAUCAACCACGGCAGCAUCUGCACAGGCUCAGAAGGAAGAAGCACUCUUGCAUGCAGCAAGUGCGGAGGCCGUAGAAAUCCAGAAUGCCGCUGAGUUCAAGCGACAUUCUGUUGAUGCAGGUGCAGUAGCUCACGCAGCUGCAGAUGAAAAUGAGGCGGUCAAGACGCAAGCACAACAAUGUCAGCAGCAAGACGGCCCGCGUCCCGCGACAGAGCAUGCAUCACACACGACGCAGCCAGAAGCGGAAGAGAUAGCCAACGGUGAGCAGGGUGGCAUUGCACCGUGUGGGCAAGAUCGCGAGGCCCUGGUGGAUACACAUCCGAUUGUGUCUGACAAUGCCGAAGCGCUCGCGGGUGCAGCGGCGGCCGCGCGACACAGCCAUGAGCAGCAGCCUUUAUCGCAGGAGCUUCCCUGCAUGGAUAAGCCUGCUCCCGAUACCGAGCCAACAUCCGUCGCACGAGCAGUGCCGCAAGCAGAGGACUCAACCACGGCAGCAUCUGCACAGGCUCAGAAAGAAGAGGCACCCUUGAAUACGGCAAGGGCGGAGGACGCAGACAUCCAGCAUGCCGUUGAGUUAAAGAGACACUCCGUCGAAGCAGAUGCAGUAGCUCGGGCAGCAGCAAAGCACAGUCAGCAGCAAGACGGCCCGCGUCCUGCGACAGAGCAUGCAGCACACACAACGCAGCCAGAAGCGGAAGAGAUAGCCAGCAGUGAGCAGGGUGGCAUUGCACCGUGUGGGCAGGAUCGAGAGGCCCUGGUGGAUGCAAAUCUGAUUGUUUCUGACAGUUCCGAAGCACUCGCGGGUGCAGUGGCGGAGGCGCGACACAGCCAUGGUGCGCAAGAGCAGCAGUCUUUGAUGCAGGAGCGUCCUACCAUGGAUGAGCCUCCCAAUACAGGGGCAACAUCUGCGGCGCGAGCAGAGCUACAAGCAGGGGAAUGCAAGGCUGAGUGGACAGCCGCAGCAGCAUCUGCACAGGCUCAGAAAGAAGAAUCAUGCUUGAAUACAACGGGCGCACAGGCCCAGGGCACUCUGCCUUUGCAACAGAAGCCUUUUGAUGCAGAAGGUGUGACGCAGCGCAAAGGUGGAGGUCAAGAUGGGACUGUGAGUUCACAAAACCAUGGCAACCAACAAGCAGACAGCAUACGUCCCAAGCCUGGUCCGACCUCGGCGAAACGGGAAGAGAUACCCUGCAAGGAGCAGGCGGGUAUUGCAAUGUUGGCACAAGAUGGGGAGGUACGUGUCAGAGCUUUUUUGAAGGACGGCUUGAUGUCUGCGAACGCGAGCAUCAAGAAUGCAGGCAAACAGAGACCGAUGCGGCGGGCGACUGCACCACUGCCACUUGCUAAGACUGCCGCGAAUUCAGCGGAUGUCCGACAAGUUGAUUUCGAGGUUCCUGCCGUUGCCGAACUUUGUGGGGAGCUGCAGGAGGCGCAGAGGCAAGCCGCUGCAGCAAAGGCUGCGCUUCUCGAAGAGCAGAAGGCUGCUGGAGCUGCUGCUCAGACAGUGUCAGAGCUGUAUGCAAGAUUGGACGAGGCCACGCAGGAGAAGGAUCGCUUGCAGGAGUUCUCCACCGAACUGAGGAAGCGAGCUGCGGAACUGCAGAAAGCCGGUCCCGGAGUGGGUGAGGUUGUCAAGCUGCAACGCGAACUCUCCAAAUCGGAGCAUGCUCUGCGAGGGAUGCAGCGCCGACAGCUCCAGGAGAAGGACGUUCAAUCAUCCUCGAGUGCGGAGUCUCGCCUUCUGCGUACGGAGUACAAGGCAGAGGUCGCCGCUGCGAAACGCUACCAAAGGGCAGCAGCAAGGACUCCCCCGGCUCCGGAGCGCAGCCCGCUGGAAAGAGCAGAAGCAGCUGCAGCUCGUGGUCUGCAGCGUUUGGAGAUGAGCGAAGCAACCACGAGUUCGCGACUAACAGGAAUCUCCAGAGCCAAAGCCAAGCUGCGCAGGUAA